UGGCUGGAAUAAUUUUUAUCAGUCGUGGUCAAACAGCCGUCAGAGCGGAACAGACCCGGGAGCUGAGCUGUGCUGUGUAUUAUCAGCAGCUCUCACACUAACAAACCGUAACAAACCAUUAACAGCAUGGGCGUUUUCUAAACAAAUACUCUGGGAGACACUGUGACCUACAAUGGCUGUGGAUGCGGCUGCCAGUUUCAGUUUCUGCAGGAAUGUUCUGGAGCACACUGUCUCGGCGGAGGAACUCAACUACCAGUUGCCCCGGCAGCCAGGGGGCAGCCUUACCUGGCAUGAUGGGAGAGGGCAAAGGAUGGCAGGGGGCAGGACCGUAAAACUGCUGCAGCAGCCAGGGACAGAAACAACACAGAUCAGAUCGGGUCAGGCAUUCAGUGUUUACCACACGAGCCCCACGCUGACUAGUCUGUCCAAACCGGUCGUCCUCUGGACACAGCAGGACGUCUGCAAAUGGCUGAAGAAGCACUGUCCACACAACUACUUGACCUAUGUAGAGGCCUUCUCACACCACGCCAUUACAGGGCGAGCCCUCCUGAGACUGAACGGGGAGAAGCUGGAGCGCAUGGGCAUUGUUCAGGAGACUCUGCGGCAGGAGGUCCUGCAGCAGGUGCUGCAGCUCCAGGUGCGAGAGGAGGUGCGCAACCUGCAGCUCCUCAGUCAAGCUUCUUUUGGAAAUCUUUAAAAGCUUAUCCGUCCGCUUGGCAGCUCUCUUCUGACACAAUGCAUCUGGGAUUCCUUUGGGAGGGAUUGCUGCAGACUCCAGAUAGGAAGAUGGAAAAUCAUGCUUUCAAUUGGAAAGGAUUUGGCCUCCGAGGGACUGAUUCAAACCGCACUCUGCGAGGCUUUAGAGGAACAUGCUUAUAACAAGGGCGGACACUGAAAGCGUGUCGCUGGGGAUUCGUACAAUGGCCCGCAAUGCAGCUGAACAUUGUUAGCGAAACCCACUAGGACUUCUGUAUGGAUUUCUUUUUUUUUUUUCCAGGUUGAAAAUGGAAUCUGUUAAGCACCUCUGAUGAUCAGAUUUUAAAAUGCAUUUCCUUUAAUUGAAAUAUGGUGUAUCCUUUAGACUUCAGACCACUUGCAUUAACAGCUCCUGUGGUUUUCUUUUACACUAAUUGAUUGACCUUGCAGUCAGUCCAUGGUGGUUGAUGCUAACUGUUAAAUUGUUCACCAUCUUAAAACUGAAUGCUAAAAGCUUUUAUGCUGCCAUAUGUAAUAAUAAUAAUUAUAAUAAUAAAAAUAAUUAAUAAAAAAACCCCACAAAAUACUGUAUUUCUAAU